CCGCGGGCCCCCGGCCUGGGGGGCCUGGACCCCGCCUUCACCAGCACGGAGGAUCUGAACUGCAAGGAGAACCUGGAGCAGGACCUGGGCGACGACAACAGCAACGACCUGCUGCUCAGCUGCCCGCACUUCCGCAACGAGACGGGCGGCGAGUGCGAGCGCAACGUGAGCUUCUCCCGGGCCUGCGCGGGCUCCCCGGGGGGCGCCGCCCAGGGCCCCGGCCCGGGCCGGCCGGCCGAGCCCCCGCUGAGCGCCUACCGCACCAACGCCAGCAUCUCGGUGCUGGAGGUGCCCAAGGAGCAGCAGCGGACGCAGAGCCGGCCGCGGCAGUACAGCAUCGAGCACGUGGACCUUGGCGCCCGCUACUACCAGGACUACUUCGUGGGCAAAGAGCACGCCAACUACUUUGGUGUGGACGAGAAGCUGGGGCCAGUGGCCGUGAGCAUCAAGCGGGAAAAGCUGGAGGACCACAAGGACCAUGGGCCCCAGUACCAGUACAGGAUCAUCUUCCGGACCCGAGAGCUCAUCACCCUGCGAGGCUCCAUCCUGGAGGAUGCCACACCCACGGCCACGAAGCACGGGACUGGCCGGGGCCUCCCUGUGAAGGACGCCCUGGAGUACGUCAUCCCCGAGCUGAACAUCCACUGCCUGCGGCUGGCCCUCAACACCCCCAAAGUGACGGAGCAGCUGUUGAAGUUGGACGAGCAGGGGCUCUGCCGGAAGCACAAGGUGGGCGUCCUCUACUGCAAGGCAGGCCAGAGCUCCGAGGAGGAGAUGUACAACAACGAGGGCGCGGGCCCCGCCUUCGAGGAGUUCCUGGCCCUCCUCGGGGAGAAGGUCUGUCUCAAGGGCUUCAGCAAGUACGCCGCCCAGCUGGACGUCAAGACCGACUCCACGGGCACGCACUCCCUCUACACGACGUUCCAGGACUAUGAGAUCAUGUUCCACGUCUCCACCCUGCUUCCUUACACGCCCAACAACAGGCAGCAGCUGCUGAGGAAGAGGCACAUCGGGAACGACAUUGUGACCAUCAUCUUCCAGGAGCCGGGGGCGCUUCCCUUCACCCCCCAGAACAUCCGCUCCCACUUCCAGCACGUCUUCAUCAUCGUCCGCGUGCACAACCCCUGCUCCGACAGCGUCUGCUACAGCAUGGCCGUGACCCGGUCCAAAGAUGCCCCUCCCUUCGGCCCCCCCAUCCCCAGUGGAACCACAUUCCGCAAAUCUGACGUCUUCAGAGACUUCUUGCUGGCCAAGGUGAUUAACGCGGAGAACGCCGCACACAAAUCGGACAAGUUUCACACCAUGGCCACCAGGACCCGCCAGGAGUACCUCAAGGACCUGGCCGAGAACUGCGUGUCCAGCACGCCCAUGGACUCCUCGGGCAAGUUCCACCUCAUCUCGCUGACCUCCAAGAAGAAGGAGAAGACGAAGGCCCGGGCGGGCGCCGAGCAGCACAGCGCGGGGGCAAUCGCCUGGAGGGUGGCCGCCCAGGACUACGCGCAGGGGCUGGAAAUGGACUGCAUCCUGGGCAUCUCCAACGAGUUCGUGGUGCUCCUGGACCUGCGCACCAAAGAGGUGGUGUUCAACUGCUACUGCGGGGACGUCAUCGGCUGGACCCCCGACGCCGCCACACUCAAAAUCUUUUAUGGCCAAGGAGACCACAUCUUCCUGCAGGCCACAGAGGGCUCUGCGGAGGACAUACGGGAAAUCGUCCAGAGACUGAAGGUGAUGACCAAGGGCUGGGAGACAGUGGACAUGACGCUGCGGCGGAACGGGCUCGGGCAGCUGGGCUUCCACGUGAAGCACGACGGGACAGUGGCCGAGGUGGAGGACUACGGGUUUGCCUGGCAGGCCGGCCUCCGGCAAGGCAGCCGGCUGGUGGAGAUCUGCAAGGUGGCCGUGGUCACCCUGACCCACGACCAGAUGAUCGACCUGCUGCGCACCUCUGUCACCGUGAAGGUGGUCAUCGUCCCGCCUUUUGACGACGGCACCCCCCGAAGGGGGUGGCCGGAGACCUAUGACAUGAAUACCUCAGAGCCCAAGACCGAGCCAGAGAGCAUGACCCCUGGGGGCCGGCCCCCCUACCGCAGCAACGCUCCCUGGCAGUGGAGCGGGCCAGCUUCUCACAACUCUCUACCAGCCUCCAAGUGGGCCUUGCCAGCCACCCCUGGCCACGCCCAGUCCCUGAACCGGCCCCCGAAGCAGAACUCCAUGGUCCCCUUCCGGGAGUCCCAGCCACUGCACAGCAAGAGGCCUGUCAGCUUCCCAGAAACCCCCUACACAGCACCACCAGCAGGGGCCGACAGAGCGCCUCCCUACCGACAGCCUUCUGGAAGCUUCUCCACCCCCGGCUCAGCCACCUACGCAAGAUACAAGCCAUCGCCAGAAAGGUACGCGGCCGCCCCACACCCCCUGCUGUCGUUUGAUCCCCACUUCCCCCACGAUGGAAUGUCCAGCGGCGACUCCUCCUCGGGCGGUCUGACCAGCCAGGAGAGCACCAUGGAGCGCCAGAAGCCAGAGCCUCUGUGGCAUGUGCCCGCCCAGGCCCGCCUCUCAGCCAUGACUGGAAGCAGCAGCAGCAAGCACGCCUCCAGGCAGGACGCAGCCGGCAAAGAUUCCCCCAACAGGCAUUCCAAAGGAGAGCCUCAGUACUCCAGCCACUCCAGCAGCACCACCCUGUCCAGCAACACGUCCAGCAGCCACAGCGACGACCGCUGGUUCGACCCCCUGGACCCCCUGGAGCCAGAGCAGGACCCCCUGUCCAAGGGCGGCUCCAGCGACAGUGGCAUCGACACCUCCCUCUACACCUCCAGCCCCAGCUGCCUGCCCCUGGCCAAGACACCGCAACGGCCCGCCAACACGCACAAGCCCCAAGGCGGCCCGGGCCUCUGUGGCGGGGGACGGGAAGCUGCCGGGAGGCCCCACCACAUGGACAGAAGGCGGGAGGUCUCACCCGCCCCGGCGGUGGCUGGCCAGAACAAGGGCUACCGGCCGAAGCUGUACUCCUCAGGCUCCAGCACCCCGACAGGCUUGGCCGGCGGCAGCCGAGACCCACUGAGGCAGCCCAGCGGCACUGGCUACCCCACUCAGGUUUACAAAACUGCCAGCCCAGAGACGCCUCGACCCCCACCGCUGGCCCAGGCCAGCCCCUUCCAGCUCUCCGCCUCUGUCCCCAAUUCCUUCUUCUCCAAGCAGCCUGUGCGCAAUAAGCACUCCACAGGGUGGAAGAGAGCCGAGGAGCCCCCGCCACGACCACUUCCCUUCACCGACCCAAAGAAGCAGGUGGACACCAGCACGAAAAACGUCUUUGGGCAGCCUCGUCUGAGGGCAUCGCUCCGCGACCUCCGCUCACCCCGGAAGAACUACAAGUCCACCAUUGAGGAUGACCUCAAGAAGCUCAUCAUCAUGGACAGCCUGGGGCCUGAGCAGGAGCGAGACGCCGGGCAGUCCCCACAGAAGAGCCUGCAGCGGACACUGUCUGACGAGAGUCUGUGCAGUGGGCGCCGGGAGCCCAGCUUCGCCAGCUCGGCCAGCCUGGAGCCGGGGCUGCCCAGUGACGUGCUCUUCACCAGCACCGCCGCCUUCCCCUCCAGCACACUGCCUGCCCGCCGCCAGCACCAGCACCCCCACCUGCCCGGCGGCCCCAGCACCAGCCCUGCCACCACCACUGGAAACAGCUUCCCAGAGAAGAAAUCCGCCAUCUCUGCCUCAGAGCUCUCCCUGGCUGAUGGACGGGACCGGCCCCUGCGGCGCUUGGACCCUGGGAUGAUGCCACUCCCUGACACGGCGACCGGCCUCGAGUGGUCCAGCUUGGUGAAUGCGGCCAAGGCAUAUGAGGUGCAAAGAGCCGUCUCUCUCUUCUCUCUACAUGACCCAACCCUGAGCCCGGACAUCCCACCUGCACACAGCCCUGUGCACAGUCACCUGAGUCUGGAGCGGGGGCCCCCGACCCCCAGGACCACCCCGACCAUGAGCGAAGAGCCGCCGCUGGAUCUGACGGGGAAAGUGUACCAGCUGGAGGCCAUGCUGAAGCAGCUGCACACAGACCUCCAGAAGGAGAAGCAGGACAAGGUGGUGCUGCAGUCGGAGGUGGCCAGCCUGCGGCACAACAACCAGCGCCUGCAGGAGGAGUCCCAGGCCGCCAGCGAGCAGCUGCGCAAGUUCGCGGAGAUCUUCUGCAGGGAGAAGGAGCUCUGAGGCUCCCGCUGACCCACCGCGGCAGACUGGGGCUCCUGCUCUCCAGAAAUCACCCAGCAGGGAAACUUGGGGCUGCCCAGGCUGACCUGUUCUCUGGCUUUCUCCCUGCCCCCACCCCCAGCUGCCCCUCAGGGCAGGGCCACCCCCAGGGGCUCACCCCACUGUCCCCAUCCAGCCUCUUCCUAGGACCAAGCCAUCAAACUGUAGGAAGGGUUCCAAAUCUCCGAGCUCAGAGUCCACUGGCUAGGCGUCUGCACCACGGAUGCCCCCUGCAUGACACAUCCCAGUGUGACACCCCCCCACCCAGAGAGCUGAGGGGACCGCCCCACACCCAGUGUGCUAGCCCCCAGAGCAGGAAUCACCCUCCCCUACUCCUGGGCUGGAAACGGCUGGGGCACCCAGAGCGGGGUGGUUUCUACAGUCUUGCCCUCAGCCCCCUCCCCCCCACCAUUGGGGGGGUGCUCUCCGGGCUUCCCACCUGCAGCAGCAGCCUUGUUGCUGCCCCAGAGGGCUCCUGGGGCCUUGGGGACAGGCUGGAGGAAAGGCACCCUCCUUGUCUGCUUUGCUCCUUUGAGCCCCAGCCCCAGCACUUUCACUGUGCUUCCCAAGGAGUGACCCCAGCCCAGACGCAGGCUCUGGAAAGGCAGUGAGGCAGCCAGGCUGGUGUGGAACCACGCCAUUCACCCAGGAAAGGUUCGGUUUUGUUUCUCCCUUCUUUAAGAACACAAAUAUAUAUAUACAUAUAUAUAUUUAUUUUUUCACCUAGAGCUGCGCCAGUACAGGUGGGCCUGGCCAUAGCCUGCCGACCCCCCUCAAGCUGAGGACGCAGGCUGUAGGAGAGGGAGCCUGACUUGCAGAGUGGCACCCACUGGGCUGGGAGCCAGGGGAGCGCCCCCUCACUGAUGGAGGGGCCCAGGUUGGGAGGCGAGAGAAGCAGGCACUCAGUGCCCCCCAUGAUCGCCCUCCCAGCCCUCGGGCAGCACAGAAGCCCCUCUGAGAACCCUGGGGCAGCUCCUAACCUCGGGGAUGGGGUGCUGCCCAGUGCUCUUCCACCCAGGCCGACUACUGUGAUGUCUGCCCCACCCACCCCUCUCUGGGAGUUCCCCAGACCUGAACCUGGAGCUUUUUUUUUUUUUAAUUGUCAACCCCUCCUCAUCUUCAGAUCAUUCUAAUCAUUUUGGGGACCUAAUCAUGUACAUUGACAGAUGUAAAUUAUGAUUUUUUCCCUACUUUUUUAAGGAUCACUACAAAUCUAUUUAAUUUGAGGUUGGUAUUCUAUCUUAAUGGCUGAAGAUAGAGCAGUUUUGGUUUUUCCCCUCCUAUGUAGAUUUGUUUCAUUUGGAUUUUUCUGUUAUUUUUCUCUGUUGCCUUUUUUAUUGUUUUUUCCUUCCUUGUCUUGAGAUUUUCGGGCAUGUUUCUGGAGGUUUCAAAGAAAAUAAAUGUUUCAUAGAAA